UGUUUCUCUGCUGGCCAUUCAAAAGUGUGUGUUUUUUACGAAUUGUGUUGUAAAUUCAAAAUAAAGCGAUAUUAAAGUACACAAAAAACUGCAAAAACUAUAUAAAGUACUUGUACUCGCCCAGUGAAAAUGCCCGUUGCAGAAGCUACCAAAGGCAAGGGCAGGAAGACAGCAGCCACUGCUGCUGCUGCAUCUGCAUCUGUCGCAAGGAAGAAAUCGAGCGAUGAGGAGGCCACCGCUAAGCCAAUGGAUCUAGACGAUGACAGCAAGAGCGACCAUGAGCGGAAAAAGGAUGACGGGGCUGCUGAUGUCGUUGCGAAUGCAGGCGAAAGGACAGCUACAGCCGAGCAUGAAGCCGACCCCGAACAGGACGAGGACGAUGAGCCGGACAGCAACGAAAACAGCGAUCCGGAAGAGCAAGUGGAGCCGCCGGCCUUCAGUCUGGCCACACUGGGACUGCAGCGCGUGGGCAGCGCCCCACCACCUAAGCCGAAGGUAACGAAGGCUCCCAUUCUGACGCUGAAUGCCCGUGGAAUGCCCGCGCGAAUUCGCAAGAGAAACAAACUCUUCUACGACGAGAACAUUAUCAACGACGACAAACCGUUGCGCAUGAGCCUUGCCCCUAAGAAGAUGCCCGGUCGCCCGCCCCUGCCUGCUGGUGGUCCUGGCAGCGGCUGCUCGGGCAAGGUGCACAACACCACCCCCGCCAAGGUGCUCAAGAAACGCAAGGGCGUUGUCUCCCGCUACAUGCGCUCCAGCGAUAAUGGAUCCAGCUCCACCUCAGUCGGCAGCCAGCAUCAGGUGACGGCAGCUAGCAACAAGAACAAGAAGACGCCAGCCAAGGGUCAGGCUGUCAGGCAUGCACAGACUACAUCCAAAACGAACCAAUCCGGCCACAGGUCGGCCAAGAUCAGCAGUGGAGCAGCCUCUGGAGGAACGAAGGUGUCGACCGCCGCAUCUGCAGCCGCUGCCGCUGCUGAGGAGGAGGCCAGCCACGCUCAGGCCCUGUUGGUGGCCAACAAGCGGGUGGGCCAGGCGAUCGGGCUCCGCCUGCGCAACCUGCUGAAGCUGCCCAAGGCCCACAAGUGGGCCAUCGCCGAGUGGUUCUACUCGUACAUAGACAGGCCGCUUUUCGACAGCCGUGACGAGUUCCUGAACCACGUAAACGAGCUGGAUCCGCGCCUGGGAACGCGCCAACUCAACCGACACGAGUGGUCGACCAUAAGGCGCCAGAUGGGAAAGCCCAGGCGCUGCUCAGCCAACUUCUUCAGCGAGGAGCGGAAAGAGCUAGACAGGAAACGAAAGCUUAUGCGCACUCUCCAGUCGCGGAAGCCGGGCGAGCUCAAGGACUCCGUUCUGCUGUCGGAUAUGCCUGAGAAGAUCCCCAUGCCACUGCCGCUGGGCACCAAGGUGACGUCUCGGCUGCGCACACCCCAAGACGGCAUCUUCGCUGGCACUGUCGCCGCCUACGACUCGCUGAACGCCAUGUACCGGGUGACGUUCGAGCGGCCCGGCCUGGGGACCCACGCCAUACCGGACUUUGAGAUUGUGUCGGAGAACUUUCACGAGAUGCUACCACUGCACAGCUUCACCAAGGACUUCCGUCCCAACCUGAUGAGCAUCUACCAGACUAACAACAUGGGCUUCACCACCAACCUGGGCUACACGGCCAGCCUCACCAGCACCUAUCUGCAGAAGCGUCCCUCCGGUAAUGGGAAAAAGGCAGGCGCAGGACUGUUUGCCCCUCAGAAACACCUGGCCAGCAAUAAUGCGGCGGCAAGGAACGCUCUAAGCAUGAAACUGAACAAGAGUGAUCCACUGCUCGGGCAGGACGCCAUCGGGGAGAGCCCGAUACGGCCGCAGCUGACCCGAGUUCACAACUACUCGAACAAGCUGCUGGAGCAUCUUGUGCACUUGGAAAAGCAUAUCUUGGUAAAGGCCGAGCGCAUCCACCGCCUAAACAAGAUGAACUCCACCGCGGAGCUAGCCAUGGGCGACAUGAUCGGCCAUGACGAGACCGGAGAGCGCCACCGGCGCCACAUCGCCGACAACUUCCAGCGCCAGUACGCCUACAACAUCGUCUCCAUUGAGCGCAUCAAUACCGACCUCAUGUAUGAGCUCACCAAAGUGCAGGAGCUCUCCUCCACCCUGACGCGAAAUCCCAACGUCCAGGCUAUGAUCUCGCCCACGUACCUGCGCGAGGAGUGCCGGGCCAAGGCGAACCAAACUGUGGACGAGAUGAAUAAGGGUCUGGUGAAGAAUGAGCGCAUGGUAACGCUGCUAAAGAACCUGACCACGCUGCUGAUGGUCACGCAGAACCUGGGCGGGGACUGCCCUGUGGGCGAGGUCAGGCAGGUGCUCGAGGGAUGCAUGGAAGAGGUGCGCACCAACCUUGUAAGCGGCGAUAACAUGGAGGUAUUCCACAAGAGCGUUCAAUUGCGCCUGGAGUUCAUUGCCUUGGACAUCACUCGGAAUCUCGAGAAGCGCAAGCACAGCCGGGCCGCUGCUGCUAACGCUGCCGAAGAUGUCAAGUCGCCGAAGACACCGAAACAGGAAGAGACCGAUGAGGAAAAUGAUGCUGAUGCUGAUGGUGCUGGCGAUACCUCAAAGUGCACAGAGAAGGGGGAUGGGAAAAAGAAGCCAGUCGAUGUGGAUGCUUCUAACAAGGCUCCAAAUAAUAGAGCUGCUGAUGACAUCAAAGAAGCUGAAAAGGAGACAAAGCCGCGGCCGCAGGAAGACAAGUCUGAGCUCAUGGAGGUGGACAGUGGAAGACAGCAGGCAGAAGGCGAUGGCGAAGGCGACGUCGAAGAUGAGGAGAAAAUUGACUCGGACGAGGCCGAAACAGACAAUGCAGAGCAGCAGCAGCGAGAGGAGGACCCACAGUCGCCGAAUCCUGCUGUCACCGACGACUCGCAGAUAACAAUCGAAUCGGUAAAGGAGUCCGAUGAUGAUGAUGAGGAGGGGCAGGAGGAGAUUGAUAUGGUCGGCGUAGAGCGGCUGAACUUAGAGGAAGGAAACUCUGACUUCCACGAUGAAUUCAUUUACGAGAAAGCCGGCAUCUACGUGGCUGCCCGCCUGAAUCACCACAUUCUCACGCAGCGCCUUUUUAGACACGUGCGCCUCGUUGCUUUUGUAGAUGUUGUCCUUGUGGAACACGUACUGCUGGUGCAGCUUGUAAACGCCCAUGUCGGGAACGAGCGGCGACAGCAUCGAAGGCGAGCCGAUCGCGAUCUGCGGAUCCAGGAGGUUGUGGUGCAACGCGACGCAGGAGUUGCCAAGGAAUACAUCAAGGGGAAUAUGGUACCGAGGCUCCUUAUGGUUCAUUCGAAGCCGCUGGUGGUAGUGGAGGCGGGAGUUUUGCUUGUCGACAGCAAUGAGCAGUUCGUUGCCGAAAUCGAACAAAAACGGCAAAACCACCUGGACCUGGAUCCACAUCAAAAACAAGGGAACGAACCAAAGUAUCAAUCAAUAUUCCUGGCAAUGGAAAGUGUGGGCGACCACGUCCCGAAUGGACUGACAGACGUCAAGUCGAGCCUUGAAAUAGUCAGGGAGCGCUUCAAAGAAGACGAAAUAAUUCUCUAUCUAUUUGAGGCGUAUCAGAUCAAGGGACCCGAGGACGCCAAUCGGCUGCUGGCGCUAGUUUCGUCGGAGUCCGGCGGGACGUUUGCUAUCAUCUCGUUCUCCUUCGUGCGCACGCCGCUCACAUCAGUUAAUGAGUUGAUUAUCAACAAAGUGUUUGCCAUCGACGAGAGUUUUCAGCUGCGGCAGGAUUGCAAGGGAUCGAUCACAGCGUACCAGUUCGACCUGUCCACGGCCGAGGACGGACCCAUCAAGUACUACUUCUAUCCAAGUGAGAGCGCCAACUAUGACGAGUUCGUGGCCAAGAUCAUUUCCUGCAAGAGUUCCAUGGCCCAAAGCGAUCCCGAAACGGUGCUCAACUUCAGAUGGCUGAACGACUACCGCCAAAUCGGCGAGGUCAAGCAAGAGCUGAAGAAGCGCGAGAGCGAGUACAUUGUCUACAAAGAUAUUAUCAUCUAUUGCGCCACUUGGAACGUGAACAACAAACCUUGCUGCGACAGCGCCGACGCCCUACGAUCGUGGUUGGGAUGCAGCGAGCGGGCUCCUGACAUCUAUGCCAUUGGCUUGCAGGAGCUGGACACUCCCGCCAAGGCCAUGCUUAACUCCACUCAGGUCCAGGCUAGUGUAGCCCAGUGGAACGAAAAAAUGGUGCAGAGUGUCCAUCCAGAUGUCGAGUACGAGAUCCUGCAGUACCACCGUCUGGUGGGAAUCAUGCUGACGGUGAUCGUGCGCAAGCAGUUGCGCCAGCACAUUCUGCGCUGCCGCUUCAAGUCAGUGGCACGGGGCGUUCUAAACACGCUGGGUAACAAGGGCGGAGUGGCCAUCAGUUUACAGUUGAACGAGGGAAACAUUUGCUUUGUUAACUCCCAUCUGGCUGCCCAUAUGGGCUACGUGGAGGAGCGCAACCAGGACUAUAAUGCAAUAGUGGAUGGGCUGCGUUUCGACGAUGGCCGCACUAUCAGCGAUCACGACCACAUCUUCUGGCUAGGGGACUUGAACUAUCGCAUACAGGAGCCGCCCGGGCAGCAGCGACCCGGUCCGCUGACGGAUGCCCAGACGUACGAGCUGCUCCUACAGUACGACCAGCUGCGCCAGGAGAUGCGCAAAGGCAAAUGCUUCGAGGGAUACACGGAGGGCGAGAUUAAGUUUCGGCCCACGUACAAGUACGAUCCGGGAACGGACAAUUAUGACAGCAGCGAAAAGCAGCGAGCGCCCGCAUACUGUGACCGCGUUCUGUGGAAGGGCACGCGGAUCGAGCAGCUGGCCUACAACAGCAUCAUGGACAUACGACAGAGCGACCACAAACCCGUAUAUGCCGUGUUCCGGGUCAAGAUCAAAACUCGCGACGAAAUCAAGUACAAGCGCGUGCAAGAGGAGGUACUGAAGGCGGUGGACAAGCGUGAGAACGACAACCAGCCACAGAUCAGCGUGGAAAAGACUGUCAUCGACUUCGGACGGGUGCGCUUCAACGAGCCGUGCAUGCGGGACUUCAACGUGUACAACAGCUGCCCACUGCCGGUCGACUUCAGCUUCAAGGAGAAGGACAUCCACGACAUAUGCGAGAAGUGGCUGCAGGUGGAUCCGCGAAAGGACAGCCUGAUGAUCGACUCGGCGCGCAGCAUUCGCAUUAAGAUGCUCGCAGACGUGCACACGAUCAGGGGUCUACUCAAAAAGAUCCGCACUAGCGACAACUUCGACAUCCUCAUCCUGCACGUGGAGAACGGACGCGACAUCUUCAUUACAGUCACGGGUGACUAUCAGCCCAGCUGCUUUGGCCUCUCCAUGGAAACGAUGUGUCGCACUGAUCGCCCGCUUAGCGAAUACUCACAGGAGCAGAUCAAGUAUCUGAUGAAUGAUAACUCGCAGGAAUAUUGUGUGACGAUGCCACGCGAGUUUUUUCUGCUGAUCGACUACUUGCACAAGCAUGGAUCCAAGCUGGAGGGGGGAUUUCACACUUUCGAGUCGCGGAAAUCUCUGAACACACACUUCAAUGUGGUGCGCGACUGGCUCGACACCUGGUCCGACGAAGAGUUUCCUGGAACUCCACAAUGCGCUGCACAGGCGUUGCUGCUUCUGCUGGACCUGCCGGAGCGGCCGCUGCUGGAGCCAUUUGUCGAGGAUCUGCUGGCAAGCACUGGCAAGUCAAAGGCCAUGGACUACAUAGCCCUGCUCAGUCCGCCGAAACGCAAUGUCUUUAUGCACUUAUGCAUGUUCUUGCGCGAGGGCAUCGAGUGCCAGUACUACGAUCUGCAUCAAGUCGCUGUCACCUUUGGUCGUAUUCUUCUGCGGAGUAGCGAGUCCAAGUCCUGGCCGGACUACAAAAUCCGCUGCAGUCAAUUUAUGCGGCUCUUUAUCGAAAGCGACGGUGCUGAUCCCCUGGGGAAUAGAAAUGAAGGAGCUGGACCUGGAGCGGGACCCAGAGCCGAUCUUCCAGCAUAGCUAUUCAGUACCAUGUCGAUAUUUAUCUGUUUGCAUAGGGUUAGUGUAUUUAUUUUACUUGUUGGUACUUUGUUUGAACGUCCAUGAAAAGGUUCCAUCUGGUCUGGCCUGGCAUUUAUGUACGUUUCUCUGUUUCUCUGUUUAACAUGUUACUUGUUUAUAAAACACGUUCGAGAUGGCCGUUACGUGUGAGCCGUCUAUAAAUGCUCUUCAUUCCAAAUCGCUCCUGGGUUAUCUCUUUGACUUGUUUUGCAUUUUAAGUAAUUCUGUGUGGAGACCAGCCCUCUUUAAACCCCUUGACUACUGCACCGCAUAACUUAUACAAGUAGCAAACACGGAGUCAAAACGAGAAGCACGUAGGCAGUCUAGACUCUAUCAAUGGAUAGAGUUUAAGAAUCAAUGGAUGAAUGUGAACUUCACCCUUAAUUUUACCCUUAACAACCCUUGGCUCUCAAACAUGCAAAAACUAAUCUGGAGACCGAUAUUUACAGGAAUUUCAUCUGGAAAUAGACCACAUGGGUACAUAUACGUACAUACAUAUAACACAUGUACAUAUGUACGUGUAUACCAUGCGUACCAUUGUGUGCUCAGAGUAUUAGAUUAGAUCCGACAAAAUGUCACAGUCCCCCACGCCCUCAUUUCAGUUGUAUCUGAAAAUAAAUAAUAAUGUUAAUUACGAGUAUGUACU